GCCGGGAACGAGCACCGCCCGGGCAGGAACGGAGGGCGCAGACCAGUCGGGCUGCAGCGCGCGUCGGAGAGGCUCCUGGGAAACUCCCACGGCCUGAGGUCUUUCGAAAGGAGAGAGAAAGGAGCCCGCGCGCGCAAGUCUUGCAAGUGAGGGCUCAGCCCGGCACCUGUUUCUCCGGUGCCACCGCCUUUCCACCCCUCGGACCCGCGCCUCCCGGGGCGCCCGCCCGCUCCCGCGAUGAAUCCGGCGCUGGGCAACCAGACCGACGUGGCGGGCCUGUUCCUGGCCAACAGCAGCGAGGCGCUGGAGCGCGCCGUGCGCUGCUGCACCCAGGCGUCCGUGGUGACAGACGACGGCUUCGCCGAGGGCGGCCCGGACGAGCGCAGCCUGUACAUCAUGCGCGUGGUGCAGAUCGCCGUCAUGUGCGUGCUCUCGCUCACCGUGGUUUUCGGCAUCUUCUUCCUCGGCUGCAACCUGCUCAUCAAGUCCGAGGGCAUGAUCAACUUCCUGGUGAAGGACCGGAGACCGUCUAAGGAGGUGGAGGCGGUGGUCGUGGGGCCCUACUGACCUGCCCGAGGGUCCCUGCGGCAGCCGCCCCCACGUCUCCCCACUUCUCCAGCCCGGCUGUGCCCCUCACCAUUGGAGACUGGGCGAAGCAAACCUGUCGGAGUCAAUGAUGUCUCUAGACUUCUGCCUUUGGGAUGAAGCGACCCGUUUCUCGCUCGCCCUCUGCAACUCCUCGUACCUGACUGUAGGAGAGCGCCCUGACUUCUGCUCUCAGCAGCAAGUGGCAAGGAGAGGGCUAUUAGGGCGCAGAACUUUAGAAACUGCUGCUUGCGUGGGACGCGGGGAGACCGACGGGGCACGGCCCUUCUCCACCUGCAGGUGGGCCAAGCGCUGGGGGCAGGUGGAGAGGGCGGGCAGGGGAGAGACCCAUCGGCACCGAUUUCCUGGUGACCGGAAAAGUGACCUGUUUAUAUGCCACUUAGCAGACCUAAUGGGGACACACAAAUCCGCGUCCGGACUGGCACCCACUCUCUCCCGCUCUCCCCAGCCCUGGCGGGGAGAGGAGCUAAAUACCUUUGAUUGAUUGUAACGUGACAUUUUAAGGGAUUUUGUGUUUGUUUGCUUGAAUACAAAUAUUUGAUAAGUCCCUUUUCUGCCUUAGUGGCCUGUUUGCCUGCCUGGGGGUUAGAGUUUUGUCGACGUAGGAGAAGGGGUGGGGGGAGGGGAGCCUGCGAAUGUGAACGGGGUGAGUUGUUUCUUUUAGUGCAUUUUCAGCUGGGUCUUUCUCGGGGGCUAGCGCUCCGGGACAAAGACCCAGAAUAGAACUCGUAGCUCGUGACUGCACGAUUUACGCCACAAAAGUGCUCUUGACAUCCGUGACACCGUUUUGACUUUUUUUUUUUUCUUAUUUAACAUUUCCUUAAUAAAUGCAAUAUUUAAGUGGUU